GUUAGCUUCUCUGCACGGUUGAGUUUGUGAGUUUUUUGAGACUACCAUCAAUUUUAUUCUGCUCGAAACUACAAACGUCGCUUCUCUAAUGAGAGAUUUGAUUCAGUCUCGACGAGUUUAUCCGAGCUUUCUGAUGACCUGUGUCUCAUUUUGGACUUUGGCAGCUCACUGAUGAGUAAAAGUGUCCGUUUUACUGGGAGAGAUGGUGAGACGAGGCAGAGGAGAACCAUGAGAACCCGGUCCACUUCCCCUCCCAUCCAUGUCCACGUGGACGAGUCCACACCGGUCCACGUGCACGUGAAGAGUUUUAAGAGGACCAUUCCUGUCAGGACCCCUCAGGGGAGAACCAGAGUGAAGACCGGGAGCGUCCGCCCCACAGCCCAGGUGAAAACCCGGGAGCCAUGGGUCCCUCCGGGAAAGGCCUCCGUCCGAGACGCUUCCUUCAAGUGGGAGGGGCCGACGCAUUGUCUGGAGAUCACGCCUCCAGGAACAGAGCCCGAGACCUCCCAGCAUGCACUGCGGUUGGCUGACCUCAUGUCGGAGGAGGAGGAGGAGGAGGAGGAGGAGGGUCUGCAUGCACGGGUCAGCCAGCACCAGAGGAAGAUCGACAGCCUCCUGACUGAAGUCAGCUCUCUGAAGAACGAGGUGGAGCUGCAGAAGCAGCAGCAGCAGCUGGAGCAGCAGUCGGAGCGUGCGACGGCCCGGCAGCAGGAGGAGCGGGAGGAGACGCUGCUGCGCCCGUCCAUGGAGAGGCUGCUGGAGGACGGCCGGGGCAGCAGGCAGCAGGACGGCUCCGCUCUGCUCAGGAUGCUGACGGAGGCCGAGCUGGACGGAGCGGCGGCCGCCCGGCAGGUGUCCGCCCUGCGAGAGUCCCUGGCCAAGCUGAGCGCCGCAGGCAGCAGACUGUGUGUGGACCAGUCGUCCCUCCUGGACCGGCAGAAGGACCUGCUGCUGCAGAAGCUGCACACCUUCGAGGAGACCAACCGAGCGCUGCGACGCCUCCUCCGAGAGCAGCAGGACUGCCAGCAGGUGGAGUGGCUGGCGGAGCAGAGGGACUCCUUACUGAAGAGGCUGGCGGACAUGGAGGCCGAAAACGCUCAUGUUGUGGUGAGACUGGAGGAGAAGGAGCGAGAGGUGAAGCAGCUGUCCAGGCUUUUGGAGGCAGAGAAGGACACGGCCCGGAGCUCCAGCAACAUCUCCAGGAGUCUGGAGUCGACCAGAGCUCACCUGCAGGGCCAGCUGCGCAGCAAGGCGGCGCAGAACGAGCGCCUGAGCGUCCAGCUGAAGGCGCUGGAGCGAGCGGCGCUGCAGCAGAAGGCGGAGGUGUCCCGCCUGACGGAUCAGCUGAGCAGGGCGAGGCAGCAGGCGGCGGCGGACCGCGACGCCCUGAAACGAGCCUCCAGGGCCCACAAGCAGCGAGCCCAGCGCUGCCAGGACGCCGCCGGCCAGCUGAGCGGCCAGCUGCUGGAAACGGAGCAGCAGGUGUCCGAGGCGCUGGCGGCCGCCGAGGCCUGGAAGAACCGCCUCACUCAGGAAACCAGAGACAAGAGCAAACUGGAGGCGGAGCUGGAGCUGCUCAGCAGCCGGGUGUCGGAGCUGACGGAGCAGCUGCGCUGUGCGGAGGAUAAGAGCAGGGCGGACAGGGAGGCGCUGCUGGACCACCUGCAGGGACUGACCACGGAGAGCGCGGCAGCCAGGCUGGAGAACCAGACGCUGAAGGCGGCGGCGGCGGCGGCGGAGGAGAAGCUGGCCUCGUCUCAGUCGGAGCUGCAGGAAGUCAAGGCGUCCAUCAGGCAGUACGAGAGCCUGCUGGACGGCUACAAGGUGCAGGUGCAGAAGACUCGGGCCGAGGCGGACGAGUACCGGUCCGGGGUGGCGGAGGUGGAGCGGCGGGCCGAGGCGGUGCGGGCGGAGCUGCUGGGCCGGCUGGCCGAGCUGGAGCCGCUUCCCGAGGCGCUGCGGCGCUCCCAGCUGCAGCUGCAGGAGGCGCAGGACCGCGAGCGCAGCCUGGAGACACGCAGCGCCGAGCUGGGCGCCACGCUGGCCGACCUCCGCAUGAAGGUGGAGACCCAGGGCAGCCAGGUGGAGCUGGUCCGGCAGAAGAACAAGGCUCUCCUGGAGGAGAACCGGCAGCUGCAGCUGAGAGUGGAGAGCCUGGAGAGGAAGCUGGAGGAGGCCGGCGGUCAGAACGCCGAGCUGCUGGCCGCCGUCUCCAAACGGGAGGAGGCCGUCCUCAGCAGCCAGCGGCGCCUGGAGGAGAAGAGCCGGGAGAGCGCGCUGCUCGGCCGGAGGCUGGAGGAGGCGCUCAGCGACGCCCGCCAGCAGAUGUCUGAGAGCCGAGAGCGCGCCGCCGCCAAGGAGCGCUCCGCCCAGGCCCGGAUCCUGGACCUGGAGACCCAGCUGAGCCGGACCGCCUCCGAGGUCAGCCAGCUGAGACGCAGCAAGGAGGAGGUGGAGCGGCGCUACCAGAGCCGGCUGCAGGACGUGAAGGACCGCCUGGAGCAGACGGACAGCACCAACCGCAGCCUGCAGAACUACGUCCAGUUCCUCAAGGCGUCCUACGCCAGCGUGUUCGGAGACCUGGCCACCAGCAGCGCCCUGAGGGCCUCCUCCCCCCUCUGAGCCAGCAGGGAUUCAUCAAGGUGCUGAUUCCUCCUCAGGAUGACCGUUCUGCUGUACCGACUGUUCUGCUGUACCGACUGUUCUCUCCUGUACCGACUGUUCUCUCCUGUACCGACUGUUCUGCUGCUGUGGAGCAGCAUGCUGGAUUUGGUCCCCAGAAGACUGUUGUGAGUUUACACUCCUCUCUAACUACAAACCAGUGACUGUCACUUCUGCUUCUCCCACUUAAAGAAGUGAAGAUGGAAUUAUUUCUUUGUAUAUUUUCUGAAUUUUUAGCUGUUAAUAAAUCAUGUUUGUCUACAACAGGACGGCUCCCAUCAUGGAACACCUGACUCCCUCCUCACACACACUGACUUCAGUUCAUACGUAUUAAAAACACUAUAAAUAUACAGGAGGCCGUGCUAAAAGGCAAAAUAACGAACAGUUUGAAAAAAUAAGAAUUAAGAAGUCAUCCCAAAAACAGGCUGAAGGAAUCCAGGUGUU